AUGGACUCGCGGCGGGUCGCGUCAGAUACCGUAUCGCGAACCGUACGGCGCGGAGGCUACGUGCGUAGUGUGAAGGCUGUCGAGCCGGGCGCGGCGACUGCUAGUUCUCCCCGCGCGCACCGGGUCCGCCCCCCUCCGGCGCCGCACCAAUGGGAGCGCGCAACAGAGCCCCGCCCCGCCCGCGCGUUCCCACCCGCGCUCCCUGCAUUUUUAAUCGCGUGGCGAGCGAGGCGAGCGUACUCCUCGCCGCCGCCUCAUGCAAAUCUUAAUUUUGUUUGCCGACGGUGGCUACAUUCUCGGCUUUACUUGAUGUUGCAAACUAAACAUAACAUGUUACCUGCUCAACUUAACAGUUUUGAACUUGGUACAAUUUGA